AUGGUACGCUACAAGGUGAUCGAGAUGAGUGAAUGUAAAUAUCAGAUCGGCAUAGACCGCCCUGACCCGAAGACGUGGAAGGCAAACUUCCGCUGCGCCAUGAACAGUCUGCCGGACAUCGAGGAGGUGAAGGACAAAAGUAUCAAGAAGGGAACCAACGCAUUCAGAGUGUACAAGAUGCUCUCCUCCUCCGAGAGGAUGAUGAAGAAAGUGGAAAAGAAGAAGACCGACAAGGAGGGGAAGCCAAAAAGGAGUAAAGAGGCAGGUUCUCCGUCUCCGAUCAAGCAGGAAGCACUAGAGUUCACAGUGGUCGACAGCGUCUCAGGUACCACACUACUGUCUUCUUUACUCAUAUUUCGUGGCUUCUUUUUUUUAAUUUAA